GUUAUCGCCUAUCUAGAUGUGCAUCUCUUAUAUAAAACGCACUUGCAUUCAUCUUCAUCAGUACCACACGAGCUCUCUUAUCUCUUUCUGUUAUCUAUAAAAAUAAAAUAAAAACAGAGAUACAACAAUGGCAGCCGCAACAAUGUCUUGGGACGACGGGAAGCACAUGAGGGUGAAGAGCGUUCAGCUUACAUAUGAAGAUGUUAUCAAGUCCAUAGAGGCCGUGUAUGACGAUGACCAAAAUCCUAAGCGUCAUGGCACUCCUGGCAAAAAAUCUGACGGCGUGAGCCUGAGUCCUGACGAGUACAUAACAGAUGUUACUGGCUACUACAAAACUACGGGGAACGAAGAUGCUAUAGCAGCGUUGGCUUUUAGGACCAACAAAACCGAAUAUGGUCCUUUCGGAAACAAGACCGGGAACCAGUUCUCCAUCCAGGCACCCAAAGAUAACCAGAUCGCUGGUUUUCAAGGCACUAGCAGCAAUGUUCUCAACUCCAUUGACGUCCACUUUGCUCCCAUACCGUCGGCUUCUGCUGGUGGCCAACCAGCUGGAUCAGCUGCCAGUGCCAAAAAAUUAGAGGCAAAAGGUGGUAACGCGGGAAACCCAUGGGACGAUGGUGCUCAUGAUGGUGUUAAAAAAGUGUACGUUGGUCAAGGCGAAUCUGGUGUAACGUACGUCAAGUUUGUCUACGAGAAGGACUCUAAGGAGGUCCCUGGAAAUGAUCAUGGAAAAAAGACACUACUUGCACCUGAAGAGUUCGUGCUUGAUCCAAACGAAUACAUCACUGCGGUGGAGAUUAACUACGACAACAUAUUUGGAACUGAAUCCGAGAUCAUAACGAUGCUUAAGUUCAUGACAAACAAGCGAACCUCUCCACCUUUUGGACUUGAAGGUGCUAAAAGUGUCCUACUUAAAGAAGACGGUCACAAGAUCGUUGGUUUCCAUGGCAAAGCAGGUGCUGACAUACUUCACCAAGUUGGAGUCCAUGUCAAGCCUAUCUCCAAGUGAUUUGAGAAUGUCUUCUACUACGUCCCAGUGUAACAAAGAUAGUCAUAUGUCAAUAAAGAAGGCUCCACUUUAGAAAUUGUCAUUGUACGUGUGUAAACGGUAAGCGAAAGGGUUGAAUAAGGUAUUUCCACGUACUGUGUGCUUGUGUGUCAGUGUCUCCUUGUGUUGUAGUGGAGUUUGUAACACUCUUUGUAAGAUGUAUAAAAUCUUGGCUACGUUGUAAAGUGCUUACGAUUCCU